GACCAGUAACAGACCAGGUACAGACCAGGUACAGACAAGGAACAGCUCCCAGUCUGAGUCCAGGAUGGCCGGUUCCCUCCUGCAGUCGGUGGAGAUCUCUGCUUCUCAGUUUCUGGAUAUUUUUAAUCACUAUGACAACGAUGGGAACGGCUUCAUCGAAGGCAAAGAGCUGCAGAGUUUCAUCAGAGAGCUGAGAGAGGCUCGUCAGCAGGCGGGGCUAGAUCUCACUGAUGAGAUGAGACAGUUGGUCUGUGAAUAUGAGACGAACUCAGAGCGAAGGAUCGGACUGAUCGAGCUGGUCCAGGUUUUACCCACCGAGGAGAACUUCCUGUUGUUCUUCAGACAGCAGCUCAGCUCCUGUUCUCACUUCAUCCAGGUGUGGAGACGUUAUGAUGUCGAUCAUAGUGGAUUCAUUGAGGCAGAUGAGCUGAAGGACUUCCUGAAGGAGCUGCUGCUGAAGGCUCAGAGAAUAUGUGACGACAAGAAGCUGGACGAGUACACAGCAGCCACGUUGAAGAUUUUUGAUUCAAACGCUGAUGGAAAACUCUGCUUAUCAGAAAUGUCCAGGUUGCUUCCUGAUGAUCAGAACUUCCUGCUCAGGUUUGAGGGAGUGAAAAUGUCCAAACCUCAGUUCAACAGGAUCUUUGACAUCUAUGAUCAGGUGACCUUUGACCUUUGUCACCUGUUCUUACCUGUGUAUCAGGAUGGCAGCGGCUUCAUGGACGAAUCACAGCUCGACUCUCUGCUCAGAGAUCUGAGUGAGAACAACAACAAGGUGCUGGACUCUAAAGACGUCCGCCUCUAUCACUCGUCUAUCAUGGAGUUAUCAGAUGGAGGGAAACUGUAUCGCAGUGACCUCAGUCUGCUGCUCUGCCACGAGGACUGACUCUGGAGGGACACAACUACUUCACCUGGCCCCGCCCACUGUAAACACACCUGACAUCAUGUCUGACAGGCCAGUUGUCCAAUCACAGCCUGCUGAUGAUUUACAGAUUGAACUAAAAGAGUUUUAUUGAACUCAUAAUAAACAGUGAUGUGAACCUG